AAUUUGCGACAAUCGAGAUGAUUGCUCCAUUUACCAAUAAACAGGUGGCAUACCGGUCAUACGUCGCUCAGUCUCCAGCUAUGUUACCUGUUUUUUAAUACAUACGUGAACAUGUUUAGAAUCUUGCUCGUGCUUGCUUUUGCAAGCUAUAUUCAAGGAGAUGAGGAAAGCAUGAAGAAUCUGACCACAGUCACCUGGGCACAUGCUGUCAAUAAUAAGACCUAUCUCGAAGCUACUUUAGCUAGUGAGGUAUCAAUGCUAGAAGCGGACAUAGUUCUCGGCCACGUGGUUGGCAAAGACGGUCCUCCCAUACCGAUCAUGGCGCAUCCUCCGGCCACGACCUCAGACCUCUCUCUUGCUGACUUCCUGAUGGCAGUGUCACAAUAUAAUAAUGUGAACCCAAAGCAGAAGGGGGUGAAAUUGGACUUCAAAAGCAUUGAGGCGUUCGAAAAGGCUCAAGACCAUAUCGCGCCGUUUGCUAAGCCUGAGUUCACAUUCCCGCUAUGGCUGAACGCGGACAUCCUACCAGGACCAGUUGACGCCACCACCAAACCAGUGGAUCCCGUAAAGUUCCUCACACUAGGCUCCAAGCACCCACGCGCUGUGCUCUCUGUCGGCUGGACCACGUUGUACGGAGGGAAUAUCACUGAGGGCGAAUACAGUAGGGAAGAGAUUGGGUCCAUGCUGCGACUCUUGAAUGAGAACCAUGUGAACCAAACGGUUACUUUUCCGGUGCGAGCCGGUCUCGCGUCCAACAGCCAGCCGGUAAUCCUGGAUCUUCUCCGGGAGACAGGAUCUCUGAACUCCUCCAUCACAGUUUGGUCGAGUGAGGGAGAUCCCGUGGAGGUGGACCGUCUCCGGGCGCUGCUCCUCACCGUAGGCCUGGAGCGGACGUACCUGGAUGUUCCACAUGAACUGGCGGGCAGGCUGCGUCUCCCGCCCGCGGAUAAGACGAAGAACUAAAUAUUAUGUGAUAUUGUUUCUAUUGGCUUGUACAAGAAACUUUGGAAAUAAAGUUUUAAGAUUA